AAUGCCUCUCUUCGUAUUUUUUGUGUAUUUCGGCGUUCGAAUGAACCUCGUAACAGCGCUGCCCUCUCAGGCCCUGUGCAAGCAGUUGCCUCCCGGCCGCGAGCCUCGGCCGCAGGAGCUGGACGUGGUGUUGCGCCUGGUGGACGGUCAGUCCCGGUCCUGCCUGGGCGUCGUCGUGUCGGCGACGCACGUGGACCCGGACUCGGGCAAGAUGGUGCACUUCCUGAGUCGGACAGGGUCGCCCGUCCGCAUCCUCACGACCAAGUCCGUGGCGGUGGAGCCGCCAUGGGAGCGAUGCGACACGUAUGUCGUUGUGCUGGGGCAACGGCUCGGGUCCGCGGGUCCGGGAGUGGCCGGUGCUUUCCACAGGCUGAGGGGAGACAGCGCACGGACCCGCUUCGUGUUGGUGUGGGCACAGGGCGUGGUGCACGGCGACGACUUGAACGUCACCACGGCGGCCGUGUGGAACGCGCGUCGCCUCAACGCCAUGGUGGUGGCGCGGACGCGACCAGACGGCCCCAUCCAAGUGCACGAUUUCAACCCGUUCGAUUCCGCGGGAGGCAAAUGCAACGACACCUCUCCACUGUUGGUGGCCAACUGGGAGCCAGGCUCCGGUCUGGUCUUGGCGUCCCAGUCGUCGCGCUUGUUCCGCUUCGGCCGCGACGCGCGGCACCUCAAGCUGGGGGGCUGCCCGCUGAGGGUCGGAGUGCGGAACCAGAGCAUCUACGUUACCAUCACCCGCGACGCGUCCGGCUCGUGGCUGCUCAAGGGGAUCCUGGGCCACAUCCUGAGGGCCUGCGAGAAAAUUCUGAAUUUCAGGUAUCAGCCCUACACGGAACUGGCGCGUUACUCCGCAUCGAAGCCGCGCGACGCCGUGACGAGGGCCGUGCUCACGGAGGUGACGGACGGCUUCCUGGACGUGGCCCUGAUGCCCGGCGCCAUGAACGGCCAGCACGAAGACAUGGCCAUUGCGCACCCGGGCUGGUUCAACUCGUGGUGCUACACGUGGGCCGUACCGUACGGCAGUGGCGGCGUGCCUCCGCUACACUACAAACUGACUCGCGAGUUCUCACCUGCGACGUGGGCACUCAUUGGUGCGUCCCUGGGCCUGGCGUGCGUGGUUACGUCAGUGCUGGCACACUGCUCCGGGAAGUGGGCAGCAGAGGAGCCAAAUGUGACCGAGGAUGCCCGGUGGAUGGCGGCCUCGACAAUCGGCCCGCUCUGCUCGGCCCUUCUGGGACGGUCACACUCGCGACGGCCGCCCCGCACCAACACGCUGCGGGUCUUCCUGGCCUGCUGGCUGUACGUCGGCCUGGUGCUCAGCACGGCCUACACGUCCUCCCUCAAGACGCUCGUCUCGUCGCCGACGCGACCCAGGACGAUCCGCAGCGUGGAGGACUUGGCCGCCUCCACCCUGCCCAUUAGGGCUUACUUCGAAUUCAUUGAUCAGAUCCGGUACGCAGCUGAUGAGAGCGUCUCGUACAGGAAAAUACACGAACGGGCAGUUCCGCUGAACGCGGCAAGUGAGCUGGAGGCUUUCAUUGUGAAUCCCUCAGUUGCCUUGGGCCAUACUCGAGAGUGGCUCUUGAAAAUGAGACGGGAAGUCAUUUUAAGACACGCUGUCGGGGGCCACAACUCAUAUGCUGGAGCAAUAUACAUAUUUUCUGAUUAUUGCUUGCGAACGGUUCUGGCACAUCCAUUCGUGGUGCAUCGUCGAUCUAUACUGGUCCCGGCACUCCAGCACGCCCUGCAGCUCUUGGCGGAGGCAGGCUUAUCCCCUGGGGUGUGGACAGAGGGCAAGCAGCUGCCGCCCAGCCUGAGGCGCCAAUUCGACCUGCAAUUCGACUCAGGGCCGUUGACACUGUCCAACCUACUGCCCGUGUUCAUCCUGAAGGCGGUGGCCGACGUUGCCGUGAUCCUCGUCCUCUGUCUGGAAGUGGGCACGGGGUGGGUCAGGCAACAGUUCAGCCCAGGAACGUAGAGAAACCCGUCCGUAGUUUGACUUUUGUUGCCUUAGGCCACAUCUUGGAGAGGUUUCGUACUUCUAGCAAGCCAGGAAUCAUAUCAAUUGAAGCCCAAUCAAACUUCUUUUUUCGGAUGAACUUUUGUCAGUAGACGUUAGUACCGUGCAGAAUGCAGAGCUGCGAUACCGUCACUGUAUCGUUAUCAAGCGUCACGCAAACAAGUGACAGUGCAGCUAUUGUUCGAUCUCUAAAAAAAGUUAAUCCCAACAAACUUCCAUUUUUCGAAAGAACUUUGUUAGUAGACGUUAGUACCGUGCAUAAUAAAGAGCUGCUACACCGUCACCGUAUUGUUACCAAGCGGGACGCAAACAAGUGACAGUGCAGCUACAGUUCAUCUCAAAA